AUGCCGACUAUAGCGAAUGCUCACAAUGACCUGAUUCACGAUGCAGUGUUGGAUUACUAUGGCAAGCGUUUAGCGACUUGCUCUUCUGACAAAACAAUCAAGAUCUUCGAAGUCGAUGGAGAAAACCAUAAGCUAGUUGAAACUUUAGUUGGUCACGAAGGCCCAGUUUGGCGUGUUGACUGGGCGCAUCCCAAAUUUGGCACGAUUCUAGCUUCUUGUUCCUAUGACGGGAAAGUUUUGAUUUGGAAGGAAGAGAAUGGGAGAUGGGCGCAAAUUGCGGUACAUGCAGUACAUUCUGCCUCUGUUAACUCAGUUCAAUGGGCUCCUCAUGAAUAUGGCGCCUUGCUGUUGGCAGCCUCGUCCGAUGGUAAAGUUUCUGUAGUCGAGUUCAAGGACAAUGGCACCAUAGCUCCGCUAGUUAUAGACGCACAUGCCAUCGGUGUCAACUCUGGCAGUUGGGCUCCUUCUAUCAUCCAGGAGGGUCCGGGCGCCCAGCAGAUCCGUCGAUUCGUCACUGGUGGUGCGGACAACCUGGUUAAAGUCUGGAAAUAUAAUCAAGAAGCACACACAUUUGUGCUGGAGGAGAGUCUGGAAGGUCACUCCGAUUGGGUAAGAGACGUUGCUUGGUCCCCAUCUAUCCUUCUGCGCUCAUAUAUAGCAUCAGUGUCCCAGGAUCGCACAUGCAUCAUUUGGUCACAGGAGCACACCGGUGGUCCAUGGAAGAAAACCCUGCUUCAGCAAAAUAAGUUCCCGGAUGUCUUGUGGAGAGCCAGCUGGUCAUUGUCUGGAAACAUCCUUGCGCUAUCUGGCGGUGACAACAAAAUAACAUUGUGGAAGGAAGACCUUCAAGGUAAAUGGGAGCCAGCAGGCGAGGUACAAGAAUGA